ACGCUUUUUCUUUUUUUGGUAUACCUACUUGAGCCGGAUGAAAGGAAACUUUCACGUCCGAUUUUGCGGGGGGGGAGAUCCUAUCCCAAUUUUUAUUUUGCUAGGCCCAUAGAUAAAAAACCUACUUUUUUACGAUUACGGGGUUUAUUAGAAUAUGAAAUUCAACCCUGGAAAUACAGGAUCCCCAUUUUUUUUACUACCCGGAGCUUCGAUACAUUUCGAAAUCGAGAGAUGUCUACCGGGGGAGGUUCUAUCAGACAACAAUUAGCCAAUCUAGAUUUACGAAUUAUUAUAGACUAUUCAUUGGUAGAAUGGAAAGAAUUGGAGGAAGAGGAACCCACAGGGAACGAAUGGGAAGAUCGAAAAGUUGGAAGAAGAAAAGAUUUUUUGCUUAGACGCAUGGAAUUGGCUAAGCAUUUUAUUCGAACAAAUAUAGAACCAAAAUGGAUGGUUUUGCGUCUAUUACCAGUUCUUCCUCCUGAGUUGAGACCAAUCUAUCAUAUAGAUGAGGAUAAACUAGUGACCUCGGAUAUUAAUGAAAUCUAUAGAAGAAUUAUCUAUCGGAAUAAUACUCUUACAGAUCUAUUAACAACAAGUAUAGCUACGCCAGAAGAAUUAAUAAUAUCUCAGGAAAAAUUGCUACAAGAAGCCGUGGAUGCACUUCUUGAUAAUGGAAUCUGCGGACAACCAAUGAGGGAUGAUCAUAAUAGAGUUUACAAGUCGCUUUCAGAUGUAAUUGAAGGCAAAGAAGGAAGAGUUCGCGAGACUCUGCUUGGUAAACGGGUCGAUUAUUCAGGGCGGUCCGUGAUUGUCGUGGGCCCUUCACUUUCAUUACAUCGAUGUGGAUUGCCUCGCGAAAUAGCAAUAGAACUUUUCCAGGCAUUUGUAAUUCGUGACCUAAUUAGAAAACAUCUUGCUUCGAACAUAGGAGUUGCUAAGAGUCAAAUUCGGAAAAAAAAACCGAUUGUAUGGGAAAUACUUCAGGAAAUUCUGGAUGACCAUCCUGUAUUGCUGAAUAGAGCGCCUACUCUGCAUAGAUUAGGCAUACAGGCAUUCCUCCCCGUUUUAGUGGAAGGGCGCGCUAUUUGUUUACAUCCAUUAGUUUGUAAGGGCUUCAAUGCAGACUUUGACGGGGAUCAAAUGGCUGUUCAUGUGCCUUUAUCUUUGGAGGCUCAAGCAGAGGCGCGUUUACUUAUGUUUUCUCAUAUGAAUCUUUUGUCUCUUCUCCUCCCGCGAUAA